AUGCCGAUGGCAGAGAAACUUCACCGGGGAUUCCUAACGGCGAUCAAGAAGCCCCACUCAACGCGGCAAGGUCUCCUCUUCUAUGUAAAAAAUCGGUCCGGAAGUCAGAAUUUCCUUGUCGAUACUGGCGCUGAAGUUAGUGCUCUCCCAGCAUCUAACCAAGAUCGACGACGUACACCUAUCAUGUACUUGACCGCAGUAAACGGUUCCCGUAUUGCAGUGUACUACCGCAGCUCCUUGCCUCUGGAUUUUGGGCUACGUCGCAUCUUCCAUUGUGUAUUUCUGGUAGCUGACACUACGCGCUGCAUGUUAGGAAGCGACUUUCUAGCGCACAAUAUUUUGGUCGAUGUUGCUAGGUGUAUGCUGCUUGACAACCUUACAGGCCUCUUUGUGAAGAGCGUUUCGAAGUGCAUACCAACAGCUGGUGUUACUGAGCCCCGCCCCCAAGACACCACCUCUGAGGAGCUCUUACCCGAGUUUCCAUCCUUGACUGCCCCCUGCGACUGGACGAAACCCGUCAAGCACCCUGUCCUGCACCGCAUACCCACGCGGGGUCAGCCGGUCUUUGCCAAAGCACGUUGUCUGAGUCCCGAGAAGCUGGCGAUUGCGCGGCAGGAAUUCGUCCAUAUGCUCGCUCUCGGUACCGUCAGACUGUCUUCCAGCACUUGGUCUGCACCUCCUCCCCCCAAAAAAAUACUGGAGAAUAUCGCGCCUUAA